UCCACGAUUAAUACAAAACUUGCAAAGACUUUUGAAUUUUCGAGAUUUAUGUAGUUCCAAACAAUGAUCUCUUGAUCUGACAAUAAUAGCUUUGUACCGGAAAUUGCUAAAUCAGCUUUUUCCAAAAAGUGAGCCCGCUAUUGGCCUAUGUGUGAAAAGUGUCACCGCGGCUAAAUAUCUUGUUCAAAAAUUCAAGUGUGGGUCAGUCCUUACGCAGUAUCCAUCGAGAUCUAGCGACUUCGAACAAUUUCGAAAUCCACUACAAGCAAACGCACAACUAAACAUGGGCUUAUUACUGGGUAUUACUUGUUUAUUAUUGUUUGGAAUGUGUGCAGAAGGCGAACAGGCAAAUUCUGUGGUAAUACCUCAAGAGAUUCAAGCCCUCAUGGCAGGAGUAAACGACAUGGCCUCCUUCCUAAGGGCGAUGGGGCUAGAGAGGGUGAAGCUCGGCCAUGCACAUAGGGUUCGCCCUGUCUCUCCCGGUCUUCCAGGGGUGUCACAGGUAGGCCUCGAAGGACAUAGACUUGGUGGACCUGGUGUCAAUCUACCAGGAAAAGAUGGUCACAAGUUAUUAGGCAGCAAGCCGCCGCAAUAUCAAUUUGGACGCACUAAAGUACUGUCCCUGGGGGACGCGUCAGGCCCUCCCGUCGCUCUCGAGAAUAUUGCAUGCGGGGCAAGUAGUCACGUGGUCGCCGUACCACAGCCGGCCCACAGCAACGGUUUCUACUUUCCGACUCACGUGCGACUGCAUAGAUGCACUGGGGCUUGUAGCGCGAAACCUCGCGUUCUAGAGUGCGCACCCACAGAGACGAAAAACAUCAGUCUUCUUGUGUUCAGCGUCAGUUGGACAGCUGAUCAGUCGUCGUCCGGUAGCAGGCCGCGUUGGUAUCGUAACCCCAUACUUGUCCCCAUGACGAACCACACUCGCUGCGGCUGCCAGUGCGUGAUCAAACCUUCGCAAUGCAACCCACAAACACAGACCUUUUCCAGAGAAAACUGUCGCUGUGAAUGCAAACCUCAAACCAGUCCGUGCCCAAGACAUUUCCAAUGGGAUCAGAUACGGUGCAAGUGCGUGUGUAACCCCUACCACAUUCCCAGGUGUCCUAGCCGGCAGGAGUGGCAUAGCGACGUCUGCAAGUGCGGAUGUAAGCGGGGCGGGUGUAAGAUGAAGACCAAGGUCAGAAAUCCACACACGUGUCGAUGCGUGUGCCCACCCAAUCAACCGCGUUGCUUAUCGGGAUGGAAACGGGAUAGGCGAGACUGUGAAUGCAAACUUCGAGAUCGCAGGCACAAGUGAAGUGCCAGCGGUGGUCAGACAAAACCGGCAUACUAGCUCUCGAAUUAAUCGCCGGGUACUAGACAUGUUGAAAUCUCAGAAGCGAAAUACCUUUAUCGUCAUCGCGAUGUCUCGAUCGUAAGGGAUGAUCGUUUCGGUAACUUGGGGGGCAGAACGGUUCGCCCCUCUUCGGAAAAGAGAGAAUUCAUUCGAAAAAAAAUUGAAAGGAGGAUAUGAAAAAAAAAACAUAAGGGGAAUAAUUUAGCCGGGUAACCAAGGCUGAACACCCCCCCCCCCAUUCCCCUCAGUGGUGAAUUAUUGAUACGUCCUUUGGGACUGAGAUUUGAAGCUUGCGAAGAUAUUACAUUGUUAUUCUGUUGGCUCUUUUGACGCGUCUGAAAACCAGACAAAACUACUUUUACUUCUAUUCAAAAAGAAUAGCAUAGGAAAUUGGUAGUUGUAAUAGCAAAGUAAAUAGCAAUAUUUAAAGUGGUUGGGUGGGUCACAGGGGAUGGGAACUUUCGUCAAGCUAUACGUUUUACAAAAAAAAAUACAAUUAAUACUGUACUACAAUGACGCGAACACAUGAACAACUUUGGGUACACGCCACUCGCAUGGUUACGAACGCAUUCCUGUGUAUUAUCAACUUCAAUUCUUUGUUUAACCAUCGACAAAAUUCAUUUGCAGUAGUUAAAAGUAAAGAAAUAAAUAUCAAAUGAUCAUGCUCAGCCUUCUUCUUUACACUAUCUUUCAAACUUCUUUACUUUUGAAAAAUGAUAUUCUUUUCUGGAAGUAAACACAACAAGUUGAUAUACAGUGUUAGUUCAAGCAGAAGAUUCGCCAGCGAUGAAGGUUUUAAGAGGGCAAAUUGCGAAAUGGGGAAAUAGACGAGUAAAGAUUACAAUACUUUCCUUUUAAUCUCCAUUACAACUUCUAAGGCGAUCUAAGGCAUGGAAUAAAUAAGCCUGGGUCCUACAGAAAAUAAAUAUUUUCUUUUAUUUCUAUUCGAUAAAACGCACAAUUGUAUCACCGCUUAAUGUAACAACUGCCGCUUAAUGUAACACUAACGCUUAAUGUAACAAAAAUCGCCGCUUAAUGUAACACUAACGCUUAAUGUAACAACAAAUCAACGCUUAAUUUAAUAAAACAGUUAACGCUUAAUGUAACAAAUUUUCAACGCUUAAUGUAAUAACUGACUUAACGCUUAAUGUAAGAACACUCGACGCUUAAUGUAAUAACCUUAAAUUUAACUAAGGACGAAAAUAUUCAUAUCUCAUCAAUGAAACAUCGUCGGACAAUCACACUUGGAGAAUGUCAUGUUGGUGUCAAGGGAUGUGCAUAAAUAGUCAUGCGAGGUGUGACAUCAUCAUGACGUCAUUAAAACGAAAACAAAGGAGGGUGAAAUAUCCAGCCUCCACAACUCGUCUUCAAUCGUCGCCAAACUCGUACCAGGCUGCUCGCGGUCGAUCGCAGGGCGCCGCGUGAUUGGGCUCAUAUUGUUUUCCCUCUUGGCAUCGGGCAAGGGCGGUGUGAUGACAAUCUCUGGGAGACGGGGAACGCUCGGUUUCGCGAUGACCGGGUAACUGACCCCUGACUUGGCCGAGCAGCGCCUUCGCCUGUUGAUCUGUAGGACAGUGCCGUGGAGCGGAGUCGUAUGAGCGGAGGAACCGCUCCUUGGGGUCCUCUGAGCUGAGGAACCGCUCUUUGGGGUCCUCUGAGCUAAGGAACCGCUCCUUGGGGUCCUCUGAGCCGAGGAACCGCUCCUUGGGGUCCUCUGAGCUGAGGAACCGCUCCUUGGGGUCCUCUGAGCUGAGGAACCGCUCCUUGGGGUCCUCUGAGAUGAGGAACGAGGAACGGCUAAUGUUAAUCGGAGCUAGUAAGCCGCGCCUUCUGUACAGCUUGUCUGAUGAACCGCUGCUUGUUGUCCUCUCAGCUUGGGAACCGCUCCUUGGUGUGGAAGGCAGUGGGGUCGAUGGAUACAGAGAGCUGUCUUACAUCUUAGAUGUAUCAUUCGCCCCCGGGGUUGAAUCGGACCCUUUAAGUACAAUCUUGGAUAUGGAACCUCUCUUGGGAGUCCCUUGAGCUGGUGAACCACUUCUAGAAGUCUUCGACACAGGGGAUCCGCUCUUUUGGAUUGUCUUUGCUGAGGAGCCACUCCUGGGAGUUUUUGAAGCUGAGGAAGCGCUUCUUGGGGUUAGGGCCAGUGGAGUUGUUGGAGCGGACAAACAAUUUUUUGCAUCCGUUUUAUCGGAGUUGCCCUUUCUAGGGUACAUCGGAGCUGAAUCUGACCUCUUUAGGACAUUUCGAAUUUGCGUGAUCUGGGCCGAGGAACCGCUCUUUGUGGUUGUAAUAGCUGAGGAAUCGCACCUUGGGGUUGUAGUAGCUGAGGAACCGCUCCUUGGGGUUGUCAUAGCUGAGGAACCGCACCUUUGGGUUGUCAUAGCUGAAGAAUCGCUCCUUGGGGUUGUAGUAGCUGAGGAACCACUCCUUGGGGUUGUAGAAGCUGAAGAACCGCUCCUUGCGGUUGUUAUAGCUAGGUAACCGCCAUUUGGGGUUGUAGAAGCGGAGGAAUCUCUCCUUGGGGUUGUAGUAGCUGAGGAACCGCUCCUUGCGGUUGUUAUAGCUGAGGAACCACUCCUUGGGGUUGUAGUAGCUGAGGAACCGCUUCUUGGGGUUGUUUUAAGUGAGGAUCUGCUCCUUGAGGUUACAUGGACUGAGCUGCGCCGUGGUUUCAAAGAGCCCCUCCCACCCGGGGUUACCUCGAUCGGCCAUGUUGGUGUAUCCACCGCGAUGAAAAGACUGCUGGUGUCGACGGUCGCGCGUUUUUGCUCCCCGGCGUUGAAUUCGACGAGUUCUCUGUUCCAAUCCCUCUCUUUUGAUAUGCUUGGAUCACUUCUUUGUCAAAUGAGAAGAUAAAAUUAUCCGAAGGAGGCUGCUUUUUCAUUCUCUCUGUGUUUCCCUGUUGGCCCUUUGCCAUCGUCUGCUCGGGGACGUUCUCGAAUACAUCUGUGCAAUCAUCAUCCUUAUAUUCAAUCUCUUCUUCUUCGUCGCUGUAUAAGUCGUUUUUUAUGGGCCGAUUAUACCUCGAGUUACCGUAGUAAGGAAUUCCCACUGUUGAAUACAGCCAGUCUACCCGAGUUUCGUAUUUUCGCUCGUACUCGAAUAUGACUACAUCCUUGUAUUCUUCAAGAUCCAUUACUGGUAGCCUUCGCCCCAGACCCGGUGUAUAUUCAGAGUAUACUUUGACGGCCUUUGGCGCUAGAAUGCUCUCUACCCGAUUGAGGUCUCACCGUCCUCGCUUUUUUCAGUCCAUCUUUUAAGAUUUAACUUUGGGAAUUUUAUCCUUUGGACAAACUCCAUGGUUAGUUGGUUAUUAGUUGUUGUAAAGGAGGAUAUGAAAAAAAAAACAUAAGGGGAAUAAUUUAGCCGGGUAACCAAGGCUGAACCCCCCCCCCCCCCAUUCCCCUCAGUGGUGAAUUAUUGAUACGUCCUUUGGGACUGAGAUUUGAAGCUUGCGAAGAUAUAACAUUGUUAUUCUGUUGGCUCUUUUGACGCGUCUGAAAACCAGACAAAACUACUUUUACUUCUAUUCAAAGAGAAUAGCAUAGGAAAUUGGUAGUUGUAAUAGCAAAGUAAAUAGUAAUAUUUAAGGUGGUUGGGUGGGUCACAGGGGAUGGGAACUUUCGUCAAGCUAUACGUUUUACAAAAAAAAAAAUACAAUUAAUACUGUACUACAAUGACGCGAACACAUGAACAACUUUGGGUACACGCCACUCGCAUGGUUACGAACGCAUUCCUGUGUAUUAUCAACUUCAAUUCUUUGUUUAACCAUCGACAAAAUUCAUUUGCAGUAGUUAAAAGUAAAGAAAUAAAUAUCAAAUGAUCAUG